AUGGCACAAAAAGAGCCUUGUCCAGAUCGAUUCUUUGACGAUUUAGGUGGAGCUUUUGCAAUGGGUGGGGUCGGCGGGGCUUUAUUUUACUUUCUGAAAGGCUUCGUAAACUCUCCUUCAAGAGAGCGCUUCAAAGGUGCAAUUACAGCAGUAAAACUUAGAGCGCCUGUAUUAGGAGGUAGCUUUGCUGCAUGGGGCGGAAUAUUUUCAACAUGUGACUGCUUUUUGCUUUGGUACCGCCAACAAGAUUCUCCAUUUAAUGCCAUUGUAUCAGGACUUGUCACAGGUGGGGCUUUGGCACUUCGUUCAGGAUUCCAGAUAGCAUGGAGAAAUGCAGUUGCUGGAGGCUUAAUCUUAUUCCCUUCUCACUCAUAAAGAGCUUUUUUUCUAUUUUUUUUUAAAAAAUUCAUUGUUUUUAACAAUUUUUAUAUAGUUUUUUACUCAUUUAUUUAAGUAGUUAGCAAUUAUUGAAGGAGUAAACACUGGUUACACUUCAUUAAUGAUUAGACAACAAAUGCUCAUGAUUAACGAAAUGACCAAAUUGCAAGAAGAAAAAAGAAAAAGAAUAAUGCAAGGCCUACCUGAUUUUACACCUGAAGAAAUAAAUGAAAGAUACGAGGCUAGCCAAAAGAAAGCAUCAUUUUUCGGGAGGGCUCUCAAAUAA